UUCUCAGGCAUAGUGAAAUAAACCUAUCCUGGUUGGAGCCAAGAGACACUGAAGUGAUACCAAGGUUUAGAAUCUGCCUGAGCAUCAUGGGUACAGAAGGAAGGCCUUCAAAACAUUUCCUGAGAUACGUGGCCAUUUUGCUCAUUCAUAUAUGUGUGGUGAACUCACAAGGACUCCCUCAAGAUUCAGACAUGAUUGUAGAGUUUAACCAGACAGAUGCCCACCUGGAUCAUGUAAGGGAAAAAAGAGAUGCAUUAAUCCUAACUGCCAGAACUACAAGCUCUGCAACCACAAAAUCUACAGACACAGCUACCAGCACAACAAACUCCACAACCCCUACAAAUACAGCUGCCACAACGAGAAACUCCAUGACCACACAUGCCACCAUGACAAAUUCCACAACCAUAAACUCUUCAAACACAGCUGCCACCACUACACAUUCCACAACCAUGAAUUUUACAAACACAGCUGCCACCACUACAAACACCUCAACCACUAACUCUUCAAACACUGCUGCAACCAGGACAAACUCCACAACUACUAACUCUCCAAACAUAGCUGCCACCACUACAAACUCCACAACCACUAACUCUCCAAACACAGCUGCCACCAGGACAAACUCCACAACUACUAACUCCACAAACACAGUUGCCACCACUACAAACUCCACAACCACUAAUUCUCUAAACACAGUUGCCACCACUACAAACUCCACAACCACUAAUUCUCUAAACACAGUUGCCACCACUACAAACUCCACAACCACUAACUCUUCAAACAUCGCUGCCACCACUACAAACUCCACAACCACUAACUCCCCAAACAUAACUGCCACCAGGACAAACUCCACAACCACUAACUCUUCAAACACAGCUGCCACCACUACAAGCACCUUAACCACUAACUCUUCAAACACCGCUGCAACCAGGACAAACUCCACAACCACUAAUUCUCUAAACACAGUUGCCACCACUACAAACUCCACAACCACUAACUCUUCAAACAUCGCUGCCACCACUACAAACUCCACAAUUACUAACUCCCCAAACAUAACUGCCACCAGGACAAACUCCACAACCACUAACUCUUCAAACACAGCUGCCACCACUACAAACACCUUAACCACUAACUCUUCAAACACCGCUGCAACCAGGACAAACUCCACAACCACUAAUUCUCUAAACACAGUUGCCACCACUACAAACUCCACAACCACUAACUCUUCAAACAUCGCUGCCACCACUACAAACUCCACAAUUACUAACUCUCCAAACACAGCUGCCACCACUACAAACUCCACAACUACUAACUCUUCAAACACAGCUGCCACCACUACACAUUCCACAACCAUGAAUUUUACAAACACAGCUGCCACCACUACAAACACCUCAACCACUAACUCUUCAAACACUGCUGCAACCAGGACAAACUCCACAACUACUAACUCUCCAAACAUAGCUGCCACCACUACAAACUCCACAACCACUAACUCUCCAAACACAGCUGCCACCAGGACAAACUCCACAACUACUAACUCCACAAACACAGUUGCCACCACUACAAACUCCACAACCACUAAUUCUCUAAACACAGUUGCCACCACUACAAACUCCACAACCACUAAUUCUCUAAACACAGUUGCCACCACUACAAACUCCACAACCACUAACUCUUCAAACAUAGCUGCCACCACUACAAACUCCACAACCACUAACUCCCCAAACAUAACUGCCACCAGGACAAACUCCACAACCACUAACUCUUCAAACACAGCUGCCACCACUACAAGCACCUUAACCACUAACUCUUCAAACACCGCUGCAACCAGGACAAACUCCACAACCACUAAUUCUCUAAACACAGUUGCCACCACUACAAACUCCACAACCACUAACUCUUCAAACAUCGCUGCCACCACUACAAACUCCACAAUUACUAACUCUCCAAACACAGCUGCCACCACUACAAACUCCACAACCACUAACUCUCCAAACACAGCUGCCACCACUACAAACUCCACAACCACUAACACUUCAAACACAGCUGCCACCGCUAUAAACACCAUAACCACAAACUCUUCAAACAAAUCUGCCACCAGGACAAACACCACAACCACUAACUCUUCAAACAUCGCUGCCACCACUACAAACUCCACAAUUACUAACUCCCCAAACAUAACUGCCACCGGGACAAACUCCACAACCACUAACUCUUCAAACACAGCUGCCACCACUACAAACACCUUAACCACUAACUCUUCAAACACCGCUGCAACCAGGACAAACUCCACAACCACUAAUUCUCUAAACACAGUUGCCACCACUACAAACUCCACAACCACUAACUCUUCAAACAUCGCUGCCACCACUACAAACUCCACAAUUACUAACUCUCCAAACACAGCUGCCACCACUACAAACUCCACAACUACUAACUCUUCAAACACAGCUGCCACCACUACACAUUCCACAACCAUGAAUUUUACAAACACAGCUGCCACCACUACAAACACCUCAACCACUAACUCUUCAAACACUGCUGCAACCAGGACAAACUCCACAACUACUAACUCUCCAAACAUAGCUGCCACCACUACAAACUCCACAACCACUAACUCUCCAAACACAGCUGCCACCAGGACAAACUCCACAACUACUAACUCCACAAACACAGUUGCCACCACUACAAACUCCACAACCACUAAUUCUCUAAACACAGUUGCCACCACUACAAACUCCACAACCACUAAUUCUCUAAACACAGUUGCCCCCACUACAAACUCCACAACCACUAACUCUUCAAACAUCGCUGCCACCACUACAAACUCCACAACCACUAACUCCCCAAACAUAACUGCCACCAGGACAAACUCCACAACCACUAACUCUUCAAACACAGCUGCCACCACUACAAGCACCUUAACCACUAACUCUUCAAACACCGCUGCAACCAGGACAAACUCCACAACCACUAAUUCUCUAAACACAGUUGCCACCACUACAAACUCCACAACCACUAACUCUUCAAACAUCGCUGCCACCACUACAAACUCCACAAUUACUAACUCUCCAAACACAGCUGCCACCACUACAAACUCCACAACCACUAACUCUCCAAACACAGCUGCCACCACUACAAACUCCACAACCACUAACACUUCAAACACAGCUGCCACCGCUAUAAACACCAUAACCACAAACUCUUCAAACAAAUCUGCCACCAGGACAAACACCACAACCAUAAACUCUUCAAACACAGCUGCCACCACUACAAACACCUCAACCACUAACUCUUCAAACACAGCUGCCACCAGGACAAACACCACAACUACUAACUCUCCAAACACAGCUGCCACCACUACAAACUCCACAACCACUAACUCUUCAAACACAGCUGCCACCACUACAAACACCUCAACCACUAACUCUUCAAGCACAGCUGCCACCAGGACAAACACCACAACUACUAACUCUCCAAACACAGCUGCCACCACUACAAACUUCACAACCACUAACUCUUCAAACAUCGCGGCCACCAGGACAAACUCCACAAGCACCAACUCUCCAAACACAGUUGCCACCACCAUAAACACCACAACCACAAACUCUAUAAGCAUAACUGCCGCUGCUACAAACUCCACAAACACAGCUCCCACAAGUACAAAGCCCACAACCAUGAAAUUCACAAGUACAGUUGCCACAACCACAAACUUCACAACUACAGUUACCCCAAACACAGUACUUCCAAAUGAAUAUCUGAUGGACAUUGACAUUUACACAAGGAACAUAGUAAACCUUAAUCUACUGCAGAAUAUUUUGGAAACACUCAGUUUACCGUUAAUAAAUACUAACAUCAAUGUCACUGAAAUUAACAUCACUACAGUGUGCAUCUUGAGUGAUGGUGAAUAUCAGUGCAUGUGUGAGGAUCAGUAUUUCUGGCCCUAUGAAAUGUGCAUCGUAUAUGGGGCUUGUGAUGACAGCAUGGAUGGCUUGUGUGGCUGCAUCAAUGCUAUUCCAAGUGAUGGACAGUUCUGCCAACCAAUCAGUGAACUGACUAUGCUUCAGACUGAAUAUCUGCUGGAGAUUGAAAUUAACACAAUGAACAUAGCAGAACUUAAUUUCCUGAAGAAGAUUUUGGAGAUACUCAGUUUACCCUUAAUAAAUAGUAACAUCCAUGUUACUGAAAUUAACAUCACUACAGUGUGCACCUUGAGUGAUGGUGAAUAUCAGUGCAUGUGUGAGGAUCAGUAUUUCUGGCCCUAUGAAAUGUGCAUCGUAUAUGGGGCUUGUGAUGACAGCAUGGAUGGCUUGUGUGGCUGCAUCAAUGCUAUUCCAAGUGAUGGACAGUUCUGCCAACCAAUCAGUGAGCUGACUAUGCCUCAGACUGAAUAUCUGCUGGAGACUGAAAUUAACGCAAUGAACAAAGCAGUACUUAAUGUACUGAAGAAUAUUUUGGAGACACUCAGUUUACCCUUAAUAGACAGUAACAUCCAUGUCGCCGAAAUUAACAUCACUACAGUGUGCAGUUUGAAUGGUACUGAAUAUCAGUGCAGAUGUGAGGAUCAGUAUGUCUGGCCCUAUGAAAUGUGCACAGUAUAUGGGUCUUGUGAUGACAUCACAGAUGGCUCAUGUGGAUGCAUCAGUGCUCUUCCAAAUGAUGGACACUUCUGCAAACCAAUCAUGCCUCAGACUGAAUAUCUGCUGGAGAUUGACAUCAACACAAUGACCAAAGAAGUGCUUAAACUGCUGAAGAAUAUGUUGGAGGCACUCAGUUUACCCUUAAUAAAUAGUGACAUCAGUGUCACUGAACUUAACAUCACUACAGUGUGCCUUUUGAAUGGUACUGAAUAUCAGUGCAGGUGUGAGGAUCGGCAUUUGUGGCCGUGUGAAAAGUGCACAUUAUAUGGGUCCUGUGAUUACAACGCCAGUGGCUCGUGUGGCUGCAUCAAUGCCAUUCCAAAUGAUGGACACUUCUGCCAACCAAUCAGUGAGAUGAUGGAUAUGUCACCAUGUACAACAGUUACCCAUGUCAUAAGUUUCUCACUGAAAAUAAAUGAAGAAUUUAACUUUGCACUUAGCAACACCUCUAGUGGAAAGUACAAAAAGUAUACAAAUGCAAUUGUGGAUUCCAUUAAUGGGAGUUACAGCAGUGUAUCUGCCUACAAAGUCAAUUCUGCAACUGUGACUGGUUUCAGGCCUGGCAGUGUGAUUGCAGACUUCAAUAUUAAUGCAGCAAGUGAUAACCUUGACCUGGUAUCAGCAAACCAGCAAGUAAUCGCCCAGCUCCGAAAUCAGGGAUAUAAUAUCAGUGAUGAUGCAUUCAGUCGAACUGUUAAGGAUGGGCUGUAUCAAAGCAGAGACCAAAUAUAUCCAGAGAACAAUUUGACACUAACUUGUAACACGAAAGUAAAUGACAGCAUAACAUGGAAAAAGAAUGGAUAUGACCUUGUACCAUCAGAUAGGAUUUUAAUUUUUAAAACUACACUUGUUGUGAAAGAGACUACUCCUAAUGAUAGUGGUGUAUAUGAAUGCAGAACAACAAUGAACUCAAUGCCUUAUGUUAUCUGGCAAAGCAUUAUGAUUCCAGAGCCCAAUAUCCAAGUAAACAGUUCCAAAGAUUUUGAAUGUGGGAACAUCACAAAAAAACUACAGUGUUGUGUGGAGCCGAGCUAUAACGUGACAUGGAUAUCCAGCAGGGAUUGCAGUGAAAAAGUUGAGGAAAAUGGCUGCAUAUACUGUGACUACAACAUGACUGAAAGUGAGUGUAAUGCUAAUGACCAAAUCAUGACAGUCAUAUGUACACUCACUGAAAGUGAUUACAGCAAGAGCAUCAGGAUAUCUGCAGUCAACCGAAAAUUUGAAUGCUCUGAUGAUGCAUUUGGAGUUGGAAAUGUGGGAGAAAACAAAACUGGUGACUGUCAUGCCGACAUGAUUGGUUAUCAAAUAGCUCGCUGUGAUGAAUCAGGUGAUUGGAUUGUUACAUAUGACAGCUGUAUCUUGCCAGUCAUUAAAUAUUUGAAAGACAGAUCUCAGAAUUUAUUAGUCAUUGACCUUCCAAAAUUUGCCCAUAAUGUAAGCAAUGCCACGACUGCACAUGUGUCAGAGAUAGCAAGGUCUCCUGCAACUAUAUUAACAAUUGUUGAGUUACUGAAAACCAUUUCUGACCUCUCACAAUCAGUUACUAUUCCGAUCAACACGAUGAGAGAUUUUUUGCAAAUACUGGAUGUCAUUGGAUCAGCUGAGGCACUGCAUGCGUGGCUGCAAAUAAACAGCAACGGAACAACCAUGAUGAAGAGUUCUGAACUUCUGACGUCUAUUGAGAGGAUUGUACGCAGACUCCCACCUGAAUCUUUUGACAUAGCAACAAAUUACACCUCUCUCAAAAAAAACAAGUCCAUUACUAACGGCUUUAAUGAGACAUUUGGUAUAAAUUCAACUACCCAGAUAAGCAUUCCAGUGACCAUUCCAUGGACGUCCCUCACCGUCAUAAUUUCUUUGUCUCUUAACAUUAUCUUACCUGUUCGAAAUCAGACCUACAAUGACAACAGUCAGACUGGCACCACUCUAAAUGGGGAUGUAGCUGUGAUUGAGCCAAACUCAACAAUUAACAGCAUCUCUCUUUCCUUUGCAUUAAAAAAUAAGACACUGGGAAGCCCUCAGUGUGUCUUUUGGAACGUUAAUCUUCUGAAUGGCAUUGGUGGAUGGGACCCAACUGGAUGUCAACUAAAGCCAUUAGGGAAUGAAUCUGAAAGAUAUACAUGUGAGUGCAAUCACACAACCUCUUUUUCAAUCCUGAUGUCACCAUUUCCCCCUGAUACAGAUAACAAGAAGAAAGCCUUAGACAUUAUAACUUACAUUGGCGUUGGCAUUUCAAUGGCCAGCUUAGUUUUGUGCCUCAUCAUUGAAAUCAUUAUAUGGAAAUCAGUGACAAAAAAUGAGACAUCUUACAUGCGUCAUGUCUCCGUUGUCAACAUCGCGGUCUCCCUUCUGAUUGCGAAUAUAUGCUUCAUCAUUGGAGCAGCUGUUGUAAAGAAAGGAGUGGAACCCUGCAGUACAGUGACAUUCUUCAUGCACUUCUUUUAUCUCGCCCUUUUCUUCUGGAUGUUGCUGUCAGCACUCUUACUCCUCUACCGCACCCUCAUGGUCUUUUCCAGAAUGUCCAAAGGCACAAUGAUGGCCAUAGCCUUCACUGUUGGCUAUGGUGCACCAUUAAUCAUAGCUGUCAUUACUGUGGCAUCUACAGCUGGAAGCGAAGGAUACAUUCAAAAAGAUUACAACUGUUGGCUGAACUGGAAUAAAACGAAGGCCCUCCUGGCAUUUGUGAUUCCUGCUCUGACUAUUGUAGCUAUAAACCUGCUGGUACUUAUCGUGGUUCUGUGUAAGAUGUUAAAGAGAAGAGUUAAUGCGUCCAUUCAGCCAGAUGAGAAACAUCCCCUAGUGGUCAUUGCGAGAUGUGUGGGGAUUUUAACACCUCUCUUUGGUCUUACGUGGGGAUUCGGCAUUGGGACCAUGGUGUCAUCGAACUUUGGGAUUCAUGUGGUGUUCGCAUUCCUUAAUUCACUGCAGGGUUUCUUUAUUUUGUUGUUUGGAACGUUACUGGAUCAGAAGGUCCGAGAAGCAUUGGCAAGAAAGUUGGCACAUGCAAACAUUAGCUCAAAUCGCACCAGGAGCACAAGUACAGGACCAUCAUCCUGAGGUGGAUUUCCUUUCAUUCAGAGGUUAUGGAGGAGAGAUGCGCACAAUAUAUCGGAAGGCAGAAUUUUGUCCACGCCAGCUUCAGAAAACUAGGAUACCAUUUCUCAUAGUUAAGCUAAUAUGGCUGAAUGUUGUUAUUUGCUUUUUGACUUUGAUCUAAAGCUACUUCCAACUGAGGCAGGAUACAUUCUGAACAGGUGAAGAAUAAGGUGAAGAACUUGCUUAAGAACCAUUUGGCAGUGCUGGUAUUUGAACUCACAAUCUUCUGUUCUGUUGAUCAAAGGCUGAACACACUUCCACUAGAAUUACUAAACUAUUAAUUUAGACAAAAUACAAAACUACAUUUGAUUUUAAUUGAGAAAGGCUGUUAUUUAACACUGGUUGACAAAUAAGUAGCCUGGGAACAAACAUGUUACAUAUCUGUGUUAUAACAACCAAAGAAAGAAUAAAUUUUACUUACGAUUUAA